CACCCACCUGCGGCAAAUCCCGGCAGCCCCAUGUACAACCAAGGCCAGCAUCCCCACGGCGGCUACGACCACCAGUUCGGCUACGCAAACCAAAACUACUCGCAACACACAACAAGUGAUGCCCAUGCUGGGUCAUACGGCGCGCCGCAAUCGGCUGGACACUCAACUUACCCUGGCGGCCAAGGAUUCGUCCAGUCGACCUAUACCCAGCAGCCCCAUCCUCCUGGUGGGCCAUGGUAUGCCGGCGACUUGUCUGCGCCAUCGAGCUCGCCUCUAGCGGGGUCGAUGGGGAGUUUGGGCGACCAGUCUGUAUCGUACGGCGACGACUUUGAAAACGAACCUCCGCUCAUGGAAGAGCUCGGCAUCAACUUUGAACACAUCUGGACGAAGACCCAGGCCGUGCUGAUUCCAACCACGUCCGUGUCAGAGCACAUCUUGGACGACGUGGACCUGGCCGGUCCGUUGGUGUUUGCCUUUGGGUUUGGGAUGCUGCUGCUCAUGAGCGCGAAGAUUCACUUUGGCUACAUCUACGGCUUUGGCCUGGUCGGGUGCUUGUCCAUGUGGACAUUGAUGAACUUGAUUUCCCCCACCAAGACGAUCGACGUGUACCGCGUCUGCUCUGUCCUGGGCUACUCAUGGCUCCCCAUUAUUUUGCUUGCCGCCAUCAACAUCGUCGCGCCGAUCAAGUACGUCGGCAACAACGUCGUCGCUGGCUGCUCUCAUGCGUGGUGGUGGUGGGUGGUUGUAGGGACUUGAAGGCGAUCGGGUUUGUCCUCGCGUUCCUUUGCGUCGCGUGGAGCACGCAAGCCGCGACGCGCUUCUUCGACAAGUACUUGCACAUGAAGGAGCAGCGCUGGUUGAUCGCGUACCCCACCGCGAUGGUGUACACGUGCUUCGUCCUGAUCACCGUAUUUUAAGUACCAAAUACGACAUGCCUUCUCGAUGCUAUGCUCCA